ACAGAAUGAUGACGCAAGCCCUCUGGCGCUUGCAUGAUAUCUGACCUCGUGUAUCAUGCAACGAAGCCUGGAGCUGAUAAAUAAAUGGCAAUCAGCUGUUGCUUGUUGCUAGUGAACUUGGAUUUUUAAGUUGACUGAGAGAGAGGCGGGAAUAUGGAGCCAUGCAGACUAUGCCGAAUGAAAAGUGAGAAGUUAAUUUCUAUUAGAAUUAAUGGCGAACCAGAAAGUAGUGACGUGACCCGUAAUAUAAAGGAAAUGCUGAAAAUAUUUCGCAAUCUGGAAACACUGUACCUAGAGGACUUUCCGAAUGCCGCUUGUUCCAUUUGCUGGCAAAGCUUGAGAUUUUGCUAUCAGUUUUAUUCAAAAAUACUUAAUGCAAAAGAAACCUUGUCAGACCAGUUAACAUCCGAAAAUCCGAAGUGGCGGAAAAUAGUGCCUAAACUGGACAAGGAAAUCGAAACCAUAGAGUCCGAACGCAAAGCGUCUAAUCGAAAACGAAGAUAUACAUGCGAAGAAUGCUCAAAGUUAUUUACAUCACAUCGGCAACUGCUUUCUCACCAUAAAUCUCACGAAGUUGAGAAUGUCUGCCAGCAUUGUGGAACUUUCUUUCUAGAUGACCAAGUACUUCGCGAUCAUGUAGCAAAUAAUCAUAUUGACUUGAAGUAUGAGUGCCUGAGAUGCCAAACAUCAUUUGUGUCAAGGAGUUCUCUUUGGAAACAUCUAAAGAAAACCCAUGAUACAGUUGAUCGGGAAUAUUACUGCAAUGAAUGUCAAAGGUCUUCGUUCAAAGGUCGAGAGAGAAUUGAAAAACAUAUCAACAGCACUCAUCCAAUUCCUCGCAAAGUGAUGACAAACAGCCAAAUUUUCACAGAGAAAGCUGAUGAUAUUGAACCAGACAUGAUUGAAGAGUUUCUUGAAGACAUGGACGAAGAAUUUCUAGACGAUAUCUUGCUGAAUCAGGAUCAGAAUUCAUUUUGUUGGGAUGAAUUAAGCCUAACACCGUUUGAAGAAGAUUUCAAUACAUCACUUCGCCCCGCAGAGGUAUUUGAAGUCGGGCGGUACAGAUGUCCGCAAUGUACGCAGCACUUUCCCGGACAGUAUGGAUUAACCCAACAUUUGGCUCACUAUCACGACGAAUUUGUUCUCAUAUGCAACGCGUGCGGGUCGGCUUUCAACCGAAGUGCAAAGCUUAAAGAGCACUCCAAUUUACACGCGACAGAUACAUUAAACGAUAUAACAGCGUUAGCACAACUUUCCGCCCAUUCCUCCUCCGUACAAUGUUCAAUUUGCGAUAAAACAUAUAAAACGAUGGCUGGACUAAAAUAUCAUUUGAAAACGCACACUGGAGUUAAACCAUUCACCUGUCCAUAUUGCAAGAAAAAAUUCACCGCUAAUGUGAAUCUGAACGCGCACAUACGAUACGUUCAUUCGGAGACCAAACCCAAUCUAUGCACCCUUUGCGACAGGAAAUUUGCAACUUUGGAUCACUUGAAGAAACACGUAAUGAGUGUCCAUCAAAAGGAGCGAAAACAUCUGUGUAGUGUUUGCGGAAAAAGUUUUUCGCAGGCCUCGCAUCUUACCCAACAUUCACUCAUUCAUUUAGACCAAAAACCAUUUUUGUGUAAUUGCUGUGAAGCAGGAUUUUUCAAAAGGAUUGAUUUGCAGCGACAUAUAGAGAAAUGUCAUGUGAGUCAGACGAAGAAGGAAGAGUGAUUUCAAACAAGACUGAACAUUGCACAAAUUGUUACUCGACUAGAAAACUCAAUAGCAUAAAUUAGAAGUUAAUUUUACUUCAAAUAAAAGAAAUACAA